AUGGAGUCCAAACAUCCCGAGGGCGAUGAGUCGCCGUUUAUCGUCAAAGAUGAUGCGGCCAGCGUUGCAGCUUUAAUCGAGUAUGACUCCAGCAGCAACGAAGACUACGUGCUCUGUCCUGUCGACGGAUGCGGAGAGGCUUUAAUGCUGGCAGAGCUCGAGAGUCACGUCGAAAUGCACGAGGAAGAGCAAGACACCGGGAACUCAGAGGUCCUGUCGAGUCGCUCGCCCAAACGCCUGAAACUUGACCCGGAAAUAAAAAAUUCUUUCAGUAGCAAGCUGUCGUAUGCGCUCCGCAAUAUUGGGGAUCCCGACGACGAAAGGCCGGUUUCUGAUGUCUCGAGCCCAGAUCGAAAUGCUUCGGUGAAGGAUGCUUGGAGGAAGGUACUGAAGAUGCCCGAGAGCAGUUCUUCUAAGGUGGGAUCAGCUAAUAUGAUCGACGGCCCAAAACCUGUACGGCGCCGCCUUGGAAAGUCGGAGCUGGGUCCGCACCAUGCAGAGAAGCAGAUGCCAGAAUGGCUAGUCAAGGUCCUGCAGAAAGACGGUGAUUAUCAGCUGAUCGAUAUCCGCGACGGCGAUGGAAAGUUACGGAGAAUCAGAUUCUGCCCGAACCAAGCUGCUGGGAUCAUACCCAUCAUCGAGCAAUUGGUCUACCAAGACGACCAGGUUGCUUACGCGUACUUCUGCCAUCCUGCAACGAAACAUGUCUCCAAGCUUCGAAGAGAAGGUGGCUUUUGCGGUUACCGCAAUAUCCAAAUGAUGUGUUCCUACAUCAUACGCGCCGAGUCGCAAGGGCAUGAAAUCUUCAAUGGAAAGAUUCCGACGAUCUUCCAGAUCCAAGAUUACAUUGAGCACGCCUGGGAUAUGGGUAUUAAUGACUCCGGCCGUAUUGAGACGGGUGGGAUCCGAGGUACGAGAAAGUACAUUGGAACUCCAGACGCACAAGCAAUGUUCUGCUCCUUGGGAAUAGCCUGUGAUGCCCAGGGUAUGAAGACAAGAAGAAACCAGGGACCCGCUUACGAAUUUCUCUUCAAUGCCGUAGAAAGCUACUUCAUCGACGGCUGCACUGACUACGACCAUAAGGUCCGCUGCACCGACCUCCCGUCUGUUUACUUUCAACAUCCAGGUCACUCCAUGACAAUCAUAGGUUUCGAGAAGAGGAAGGACGGAUCGAAAAACCUCAUCGUCUUCGAUCCCAUGUUCCACGACGCUACGAACAUAACAAGGUUCAUCGGACAGUCUUUCAAGCACAGCAAUCCGAGUGAUCUACUGAAGGCCUAUCGACGAGGUGUGAAGUAUCUCAAGAAAUACGACUCCUUCGAGCUACUGAAAUUGACACCACCACCGAACCCUAAAAAAAAGAAUGUUGACAAUACGAAUACCCCGAUGCCGAAGCAGAGACGAUGA